GGAAAUAUUUUCUGCCCAUUUCAUGAAAACAGAAAGAAUAAAAACAGCCUGAAAGAACAAAUUUAGCAGCAGACAGAGAAAACAGAUCAACAUCUAAACUCAAGAGCCAAGUCGACUUCAUUUAUUCUCUUCAUCAUGCCGGUGUCAGCUCAUCAAAGGAUCGUCUUACUGGGAAAAACUGGAGUUGGGAAAAGCAGCAUCGCCAACCUCCUGACUAAAGAUAACGUGUUUGAAGUAAACCAUUCUGCAGGCUCUGGAACAAGUAAAUGCAAAACAAAAUCCACAACAGUCAGUGGAAGAUCAAUCACUGUGAUAGAUACUCCAGGUUUCUUUGACACAAACAUGAAUAAGGACGAGCUAAAAGAAGAGAUCUUGAGGUGUAUGAUAGAGUCUUCUCCUGGACCUCAUGUUUUUCUCAUUCUGCUUAAAGUAGAUAAAUACACAGAAGAGGAGAAAGCAGUCAUCAAACAAAUAAGUAAACUUUUCUCAGAAGAAUCUUUCAGAUUUGCUGCAGUUGUCUUCACUCGUGGUGAUCAGCUCCCUGAAGGACAGAGAAUUGAGGAGUUUGUUGAUCAAACUGAUGAUCUGAGAGAUCUGGUGAAGAAAUGUGGUGGCCGAUGUCACGUCAUCGACAAUAAAUACUGGAAGAAACCACAAGACGACUACAGGAACAACGAGGUCCAGGUGGCUGAACUGUUCAAGACUAUUGACAAGAUCAUAGAGGAAAAGAAUGGAGGAUACUACACCAACAAGAUGCUCCAAAAAGUGGAGGAACAAAUAGCAGAAGAAGAACAACUCAUCAGAGAGUCAUCAGGUAACCUGACAGAAGAUGAGAUCAGAGAACAAGCAAAAGAAACAACACUUAAGAAGCUUUUGAUCAUCAGUGGUGCAACUGUAGGAGGCGCUCUGUUAGGAAUUUUGUGUGGUGUGAUCGCAGUUGCAGCAGCACCAGCACUGCCUGUUGGAGCAACACUGGCUGUCGGAGCAACAGUUGGACUCACAGCAGCUGGAACAACAGCAACAGCUGUGUUGAAAAGAGCUAAAAUACUGGAUACAAUCAGAGAAGUGUUUGUUUAUGCUAAUGAUGUGUUUAAUAGCCAUGCUGGUUAUCACAGAAUGCCACAGGAACGAGAGCAUCAGUCUUAAAGAUGCCCAGCUGGAGCCCAACCCACAUUUAACCUUUGACCCCUCCACCACAUUUAAUGCUAAUCAGUUGAUAAUUUUUUUGAGUGAUUCUGGUGGUUUUGAUAAUAAUUAAUCAGAGUGUCUGACCACAUUUGUGACAGACAUUAUUUCAUAUUUUGAUUUAUUUUCUUGUGACGUCAGUCUGUUUUGCUGUAAAUUGAUCCCUGUUCAUAUUGUGUCACAGAGAGAGUGAACACUCACAGUCAGGACGUCUCACACAGCUGACAAACGUCUCUGCACACAUCUCACACACACACAGGAACUGAUCAAACCUUCCUGUGUGAGCGUCACUCUGAGUUGUUGCACUUUUCUCUGCACUCAUUUAACUUCUGUAUCAUCACUUUAUGCAGAAUAUAUCUGUCAUUCUACUUGUUGAGCUGUUUUGAUCAUCUGAUAAUCUUUGAUUUGUGAAAAUUUUCUGACAUGAAUUG